AUGCCUGAGGAAACUACCAAUGUCUCAGAAUGUCAGCAUAACAACAGUCUUGUGUUUGCAUCAGACUAUGGUGAUCAAAACAACGAAUCGAAUGCAACCGGGAAGGAUCUAAGUUCCCGGUCAGACAACUCCAACGGGAACGGCACAGUUAUUCCUGGAACAAAUGAUGCCACACAAGCGGAUGUGCUGGUUAAUGAUAGCGCCUCUCGCAAUGGUCUCGAAUUAGGUAAUCUUAUGACAUUUUCCCCAACGAGGCUCUCUCAGAACUCCUCAUCUCCAAUAAGGUAUCUACAUGCUACGCGUGAGAUGAAAAGCAUGCCCACUCUCGAGACGACGUCUGGCCACUCGAGUAAGUCACCUUCUGUGUUACAUAGAAGCGCUUCCGAUAGUAAUGCUGGCAAUGAGCAAGCCGUAUGGCCAAAAAGAGGUGAACACACAGAUCUCGCUGAUACCCAGGUGAUUGCACCUCCUCCACUUGCUCUUCCGAACAUUGAAAGCGAUACGCAAGUGAUAAAACAAUCACAUAUAAAACCUGAAGGACUCACUAGUACACCACAGGACGACAAGAUACUUUCACCCAGACUCCCGCUUUACAGAGAGGAACAAGACACUCAACGAAUACCGCGAGAACUUAACGAUGAUGCUACACAAGUUAUACAAAAAAAGGAGGUAGUGUGGGAAAGCACUCAACCAAUCACACAGGUUGUGAAAGGUUCGCUGAGUACACACACGAUAUCGAGCUCACCGGGCCGCAUAAAUGAAUCUGACUACAACGAAGAGAAUACUACGACGGUGGUUCUCUCUCCUGUGGACCAGGAACAAGAACCUACGACCCAAGUUUUGAAUACUCAAGAGGAAAUUUUUCUGCCAGAAGAGAGGGAUGGAAUAUCGGUUGACCUCAGUAUAAAGCCUGUUAUUCUGAGUAGCCAAAAGUACGAGAAAAAUCAUGAACAACAAGAUCAGCAUCAUCUAAGUGUCAUGAGUAACGAAGACAAAGAUGAACGGUAUAAUGAGAUCUUCUAUGAGGACAGUCUAUUUCAACACAAGCUAAAGAGAACACAAGCUGAUAGUGACAUGGAACCCGAUAUAACUGAGGAAGUCUCCCAGCAAGCCCCUUUACGGAAGACAACAUGGAGCCAAUCUGCAUCCCGAAGCAUCACCGACAGUAAUCCUCCGCAAAAACUGCCAUGGAGUCCGUCCUCGUCUGAUCUCGAAGAUAUAUCCCAAGACGUGAGUGGAUUGGAUUUGGAUCUUUUAAAGCGAAAGCUGAGUGACAGUAUAAUGUUGCUGCAAGAUAACUAUGAUGAAAGCCGCGAGCAUAUAAAUGUUCCAAAGAAAAGAAAGAUAAAUCAUAUUGCAUCACAAUCGCAGAUUCAACCAGAAAAUGGCAUAUCUGCAGAGGAGCUGACGGUUAUUGAAAUAGAGGACAUCACAGAUGUCGAUGCAGUUUGGGCGUUCUACCAAUUUAGAUAUUUUCCCGCCAAGAUCAUCCAAGCAAUCGACUCUAUCCACACGCUCGUGGAAUUUACUGACUGCCAGAAGAAGCUCAAGAAUUCCGAUUUGUAUUACCUUGAUGUAAGAAUUGGAGAUGUGGUUCGGACUUUGAAGGGACCAGCUGAAUAUGUUGUUACCCGGAUGGCCACAACACAAGAUGAUUAUCCAUUGAAAAGCUUGAGAGGUUAUGACACUCUCUACUUAUCUAAAAAAGGCAAACACAACAUAGCUAGUGGCACAGAAGUUUCCGAGAGCUUGCUCAAUUGCUACAUGGAGGUUGACGAUUGGGUCAUGCAUCAACUGCGCUUUCAGGUGAUGUUUCAAGGCAUUGAUCUAGUACAGAACGAUUAUGGAGCGGUUCUGCAAACUUUAUCGCGUCGUCUGGCAAUCAGCACCCCCACAAAACCGAAAGGUCUUGCCCAACAAGAGCCAAAAUUUAGAAGUCCAAGGAAGCAGAAGGCGAUGAAGGGUUCCACUGAGGAUGCACAGACGUUUAAGGAAUGUGUUUUUUUCAUUACCUCCAUGGCUUCAGAUCGUAAGAGGCGCUUGACUAGUAUUAUCAAAGAGCAUGGCGGAACCGUAUUCGACACGGAGCUCAGAAGACUAGUGUCUUUCGAAGUGAGCAGCACGUACCAUCUCAAGAUAAGUCUGAAGCGAUUCACGGAUAUGAAGUUUGGUGCCUUUCUUUCAGACGGACAUUCGAGAAGCGCCAAGUACUUACAAGCUUUAGCAUUGGGUUGGCCCAUUCUCGCGGAUAGUUUCAUUGAGCAGGCAAUAGAAGAUUUUGACUUGCUUAAGAAUUGGCAGGCAUUUCUUCUACCGGCUGGUCGCUCGAUGUACACGAAGAACUUAAAGAGUCAGGAUAUCUUCAACUUCAGAAUGAACAUUGACCAAGGGUACGACUUAAACAUGCAGUUUGGUAAUCAUUCAGGUCUCAUGGCAACAACAAACAUUUUGAUAUAUCGAAGAAGACAAGAUAGACAGACAAUUGAUAUGUGUGAAUUCAUAUUUCAUGCUUUUGGGGCACAAACGUUACAGACAUUUGAUUCAGAAGAGAACCUUUCCUUCCAUAUCAAAGAAAAUACUGAUAUGAAUUUCUUGGUAUUGGACAAUACUGACAAUGAAAUCAUGAGACGAUUUGAUGGUAGGAAAACUAGAAGUGGGUUUUCAAAAACAGAUGAAUAUGUUACCUUCGGAAUCAUAGAUUGGGAGUGGGUUGUUCAGUGUACUAUAAGCAGCUUUGUGUGGCCGCCUAUUGCAUACGGUGUUUCCAAGUACUAA